AUGCGCGCGCACGCCGUCGACGACGUCGACGACGUCGAACGCGUCGCCGCAGUCGUGCGCGCGUGCGCGCUGGCGACGUACGACGCGCGCGGACGCGAGAAAACGUCGAAGGAUGCGUACACGACGCUGUGCGCUUUUUGCAUCGUCGAGCGAAACGACGCGGCGAGCGCGCGAGGGACGUGCUACGUCGCGGCGUUCGCGACGGGGACGAAGUGCGUGCCGAUGGCGAACCGCGCGCGCGACGGGGGCGCGAUCGGGGACUGUCACGCGGAGGUGUUGGCGAGACGCGCGUUGACGCGGUGGUUGCAGCGCGAGUACGCCGAGGCGAGGGACGGACGAGCGAGCGUGUUCGAGGUGACGCGCGAACGCGGCGCUGGGUGCGACGAAGAGACGGCGUGGGAUGAGAUAUUAGGCGCUGGGAAUCGGGUGCGAAUGCGCGCGGGGGUGGAGGUGCACGCGUAUUGCAGUCAGUCGCCGUGCGGCGACGCGAGCGUGUUCGAGUUGCCGAGCGAGGCGAGGCGGAGCGACGGCGGCGCGGAGGCUUCGACGGCGACGGUGAAGCGAGCGAAGACGACGGGGGGUGCGGGCGGAGGUGCGGGGGUGACGGGUGCGAAAAUAUUGACGGACAUGAACGGUGGCGGCGGUGGCGGCGGCGGCGCGGAUCCCGAACGCGAUCGCCCGACGCAAGAAGUCGGCGCCGUGCGAUGGAAGCCGGGCAGAGGCGCGCCAUCGUUUUGUUUGAGCUGUUCGGAUAAAAUGUGUCGCUGGCAGAUGCAUGGUUUACAGGGCACGCUCAUGCGCCUCGUCGCGCGCGAAGCGAUCAAGCCACGGUCGAUCUGCGUGUCCAUUCCAAACGUUCGCGAAGAGCGCGCCGAAGAGACGAAACGCGUCGUCGCUCUCGCGUUGAAACGCGCGAUCGUCAAACGAGCGCGAUUGGACGACUCACAAUCCGACGACCGGGUCGAACCACGAUGCGUCGCCGUCGACGCACCGAGCGACGAUCUCUCGUCCUAUCGCGCCGUCGUCGACGGCGAUCGCGUCGCGUCGCCGACGUGCGUGACGUACGUCGCGCCGUCGCGAUCGACGUUUGAGUUCAACGACGCCGUCGGCGCCGUCGACAUCGCAUCCGGCCGCGUCGAGCGCCUUCUCGGCGCCAUCGGUUUCCUCCACGGCUACGGCAAAAAGUGUCGCGCCUCCGGCGCGGCGUCCUCCGCCCUGUGCGCGCGAGAGCUGUGCGCCUCCUUCGACGCCGACGUUUUAUCCCGUCUCCCGCCCCGCGCGCGUCGGGCGAUGGAGAACAAACCGUACGCCGCCAUCAAGCGCGAAUUCCGCGCGUUUCGAUCUCGCGACUUUGGGAUUCCCUCGUCGCCGCCGCUGCCCGGCAAGGACAAGUCCGAUCACGAGUCCUUCGUCCCGUUUCCGCGUCGCGUUCGCUCGGCGGCGUCGUAAAAAGUCUCGACCGACCAGCCAAUCGUCGUCGUCAUUCGCCGACGCUGAGAUCGCGCGGCGAUGGGCGUCUUCGACCGCGCGCGCGCGCCGACGCGAAAGAAACCCGCGCGAAGCGUCGCCGACGACGCCCGCGCGCGCGUGCGCGAGAAAACGAAAGAAAUCCGCGACGAAAUCGACGACAUCAGCGCGACGCAAUUCAUCCUCGUCGGCGCGUCGCUCGUCGGCGCGUUUCUCCUCGGACGACGCGCGCGGCGACCCGAGACUCGAAAGGGAGACCUGGACACGGUCGCGGCGUUGCUGAAGCAGCCGUACAUGCGCGAACUGGGGACGCCGUCCCCAGAGCGCGGGCUGCGAGGCGUCCUGGCGAGGGCGAAGCGCGCGGCGCUCGGCGACGACGACGCGGAGACGCGCGUUCGAGCGAUGGAAUUGACGGUCAAGACGGAGAACAUCGCCGCCGAUCUCGGGGUGAGCGAUGUGGAGAUAAUGAUUAAGAAUGAGGUGGCGUCGAUGGGCGUCAUGAGCGACAUCGCGGCGAUGGAGGCGAAAUUGGAGGCGUCGUUGAACGGGAGCGAUUGGCUGCUCGACCAAAGCGUGGACGAGACGCCGGGGAAGUUUGACGGCGGCGGGAGGUUCGACGGCGCGACGGUGUCGCCGAUAGCGGCGUUUUCGAGCGCGGGCGACGGUGGAACGCCGCUGAGCGACGCCUCGUUCGAGCGCACGACGUCCAAAUUGGAAAUU